UCUGCCACAUACGCCGCCUUUGUCCAUUUGGAAAUUUGUUGUACGGGUGGAGCUUAAGGCCUUGAGUUACUUGGUUCAUCCUCUGGGUGUUUGGCAGGUUAGUUGGAGUGGUGAUUUAGUGUUGCAAGUGCCAGCCUGGUGAAUCACAUAUGCCAGCUCAGAUUCAAUGCUUACAAACAUUUUUUUUACAGAAAUAUGACAGACCUAUGCUUAUGCCAUUCAAGAAGCAAGGCUGUCAAAUAGAUUGCACUUUCUCAGUACCCACUUGCUCAGUGCUCCCCAAGAAUGCAGGUGGAGAUGCUUUCUCAUCCCAAAGGGUAGUCAGAGAAGGUCUGUUAAAGAUAAGCAAGAAAGGAUGUUCCUGUGUGGGACAGUCACGGAGUAGCAUCCUCCAUCAUUAGAGAUAUUGUUGUGCAACAAGCGUUCACAUGCUCUCUGUUUUCACUCCACAUCAGAAUAUGGGCUCCACUUAAACACUAUCCCGGAAGACAGAUGAGGACAUAGAAGCUAAUAAGGCAACUUUUUUUUUUUUUCCCAGUCAUGUUUUUGAGUGGAGGUAGAGUAACAUUUUUUUGAUAGAUGGGGGUUAGAGUCCACAAUUCAUAUAAUGUCAUACUUGCUUUCUCCUUUACAAAAAGGAGGAACUGAGAAGCUGGAGGUAUGCAUAAAACGUGUAUAUCUUGAGGAGAGACCAUAGUACCCACAACAUUGUUCCACCAAUUCUGAGGAAGAGGGAUAGUUUCAUGGCCAUGUUUCUCCACCUUCUGGCACUAGUGCUGUCUUCCAAGUAGUAAAGUCAAAUGCAAACAGUAAAAUCUCCUUGGUUUAGACAUUUUGAGGCUCAGGAUGGCAGGAUUUUCUUCCUUUGGAUGGUAGGUGAGAAAGUGCCCAGAGUAACACGUUUUCUUGUCAGUUUUGCAAGUGAACAUGAGUUGAUAAAUGUUACUUACAAAUCUUCCCUUAAUACUACCUACAGAUCCUUUUCAGAUAAAGGACUUCAUUUCUUGUCCAGAAUGAAGAGCAUGUGACAUUUUAUUAAUAUUUACUCCUAGAAGGUUGAAAUGUUUACAGAAAGCAGUAGAAUAAACCCUCUAAUGCUUCAUGCUGAAAGUAAAGUAAGGCUCUUGGAGUGCCAGGAUGAAAUCGCAAUUGAACCAUGUUCUAAAAAAAUGAAGUCAGCAGAAGGGCCUUACGAGAAACCCUCUGAUGAUGAUAACCAAGGUAUUCAGGAGGAAAUGGAUGCUGAGAGAACAUCAAAUGAUUUGAUACCAGCAUAUACCUCAGAUAACCAAGGGCAACAUGAAAUGCAGAAGCAAGAGAAAAUACCUACUGGUGUCUUGGGAACACUAAAUGAAGUGCUCCCUGAAAAUAAUCUAGGGCUGAGUCAGCCAGUUGAUUCAGAAACUGUGCAGAAUGUAAAUCCUCCAUUUGCAUCAAUAAAUGACACUAAAGUUGAAGAAAAGAAAGGCCCUUUUAUUACAAAUAAUGCUGCUGAAGAUAAUAUUAAAAAUAGCAGUACAUCAUUCUCAGUAAAUAGAAAUUUUACAUUUUCAGAUGAAGAGUUUUUUACAAGCAAAGAAUUUAUUGGACCGAUUUACCAGCCUGCUGAAAGUAACAAAGAGGACAAAUCUAGCAGUUGCAAUGAAUGUAGAAGCAGUGAGGGAGAUCAGAAUGAAUUGCAUGAAAACAGAGCUAAAAGAAAGGAGGCAAAGAAGAUGCAGACUAUUUCUUCUCCUGUACCAGAAAUAGAUGAUGAACUGAACCAGUUCUAUAAGGAAAUUCACCAGCUGGAAAAUGAAAAUUUAGAUACUAAUUUUCAGGAAAAAGAAACUGAAACUUCUCAGGAACAAUACUCUCCAUAUAACUGUAGUCACACCUCACAAGAGGAUUAUCAACGUGUAUUGUUGGGCAGCCCACAACCAUUUUAUGAGAAUGAACGGUGUUUCUCUGGGGAACAGAACGGUCAGAAAACAAGCAGCGAGCAGCAGUUUGUCGUGGAAGCAAGUGGCUGGAAAAAUGAAAAUACCUUUAAUGGACAAGUAGAUUCUAAAUAUUGGAACUACUCAGUGCCUGAAUUCAGACCUGCUUGGCAGUCAACAGAGUCUUUCAUAGUACCUCAGGGACCUCUUCCUCCUAGAUUCAACCAUCAGUCGCAUUUUCAGAUACUUAAUUCCCCACCACAAGAAACAAAUGUUCUUCCUUCUCAGAAUGGUGAACUUUCUUAUAAAAAUUAUCAUGGUUACCAUGGAAAUACUGAUAUCAAUGGUCAUGUUCUACUGCUUGAUCAAAGUACCAACUAUGCUGGUCAUACUGAUAUGCAUACUACUCAGGUCUUCAGAAAUGGAAAUAAUGACCAGAAUGGACUCCAAAAUAAUGACCAGAAUGGACUCCAAAAUAAUGGUUUCUGUGAAACCAGGGAAGAGUGUUGGAAGGAUCCAAAAGCUGACAGUACAGAAGGAAUGCACAGCUUUUCUUCCUUGCAGUUACCUGAAGAAAGAUUUGGUUAUUCACAGAAAUUGCUCCUAAUCUUAAGAGGCCUGCCUGGUUCAGGGAAAUCAACCCUUUCUCGUAUUCUGCUUCGUCAAAGUUGUGAUGGCAUUGUAUUCAGUACCGAUGAUUAUUUUCGUCAACAAGAUGGAUAUACAUAUAAUGCUGCUCAGCUUGGUGAUGCCCAUGACUGGAACCAGAAGAGAGCAAAGCAAGCAAUGGAGCAGGGAAAAUCUCCAGUUAUAAUAGACAACACUAAUACUCAAGCCUGGGAAAUGAAGCCAUAUGUGGAAGUGGCUCUAGAAAAGGGAUACAGAGUGGAGUUUCAUGAGCCAGAUACUUGGUGGAAGUUUGAUCCUGAAGAAUUAGAAAAGAGGAAUAAACAUGGGGUCACUCGUGAGAAGAUUGCUCAGAUGUUGGAACGAUAUGAAUAUCAAAUAUCCAUACCUAUUGUCAUGAAUUCAGUGGUACCUCCCCACAAAAACACUCAAAGGCCACCUCUGCAGCGAAGACAUAGGUGGGGAGGCAAUACAGACUCAUGGAAUUCUUUCAGUAUUUCCAGUAGCCGAUAACACAGUUGCAGUCAGUUAAUAAAAAUCUGGUUACUUGCCCUUCUAAAACACAUCAUCACCUCCAAUAAAGGAGUGGAUCUUCUGUGUUUUAAAUAGGCCUAUUUGAAGACCAUUUUCUUCUGGAGGUUGUUCCUUUAACAGACUUGCAUGUAAAUAAAAUUGUACAUUAAAUGUUUUUUAAAACUAUAUUUAUUACAGUUGUAAUAACUUUGAUUUUAGUAAAAGAUUUAAUAUAGUAUGACAUAUAGCAGAGUCUUCCUUUAUAAACGUAGGACAAUGAUGUUGUCAUAUAUCAAGUAACUGUUGAGCAGUUUUUUUUAAAGAGGAGGUCAUGAUGUCUCUUUCAAGAGAAUUAAAGCCCCAGAAGAAGAGGCUAUUUAUGUAAUAACCAAUUUUCAUGAUUGUCAUUUAGUUGUCUUAUCUUUUAGGAGAUUUUUUUGAAAACAAUGAUGUCCUGGAUUGUCCUUUUGUUCUAUUUGGCAUGUGGCAAAAUUUUGGCAUGUAUUUUCUGGUUUCAGUUGUGGUGUUUGGGUUUUUUUGUCUCAGAAGCUCAUCUGGCAGCUGAAGCAACAUUCUGCCAAUACAGUAUUCACCAGCCUUAAACUGUGCAACCUGAAUUAUUUUUUUGUUUGUUCUCAGUGGUAGUAUGUAAACUAUGAUGGUGGCUACACACCACCAACUUUUUUGUGCUGACUAAAACCACCUAGAUUUUAUCACUAAAAAUCUAAAAUUUCACAGCUAUGUCUUUCUAAGUCAAUUUCUUUCAUUUAUGAUAAAAAUGAAGUAUUAAAGCAUUAGGCUGUCAAGUCCCAGUCCACAGUUGUGAUGCAUCAGUGCAAUAUAAAUAGUGGAUAUAAUUCUGUAAAACCAUGUUGGAUUCCUAAUUUUGGCACAGCCAAUGUAAUCUGUUUAGCACAUAACAAAGAAUGAGCCAGCAUGGAGAUUGACUAAUAUACUGCCCUUUUUCUCUUAAAAAAUGAUGAAUUUGUAAGUUUUCACUUUGCUUGCUUUCUAACAGCUUGCUGUAUUAAUAAAAAGUUUGUCUUCA